AUGCGUGGCGUUUCGAUUCUCGUGCUUUACGCCGCCAGCCUGGUCUCGGGUAGUGUUCUGCCCAGGGAGGCGGCUGGCAACGUCGACAUUGUUGCCCGUGGUGAAGGUGGAGGCGGCGGCGGCGGCGACUACCACUACCACUACCUCGACUUCCACUCCCUGCGAGACAACAACUACCACUACCUCGUCCUCUACUCCUUGCGAGACUACCACUACCUCGACUUCCACUACCUCGACCUCUACUCCUUGCGAGACUACCACUACCUCGACUUCCAGUACCUCGACUUCCACUCCCUGCGAGACAACAACUACCACUACGUCGACCUCUACUCCUUGCGAGACUACCACUACCUCGACUUCCAGUACCUCGACCUCUACUCCUUGCGAGACUACCACUACCUCGACUUCCAGUACCUCGACCUCUACUCCUUGCGAGACUACAACUACCACUACCUCGACCUCUACUCCUUGCGAGACUACCACUACCUCGACUUCCACUACCUCGACCUCUACUCCUUGUGA